CUCUCCGCAGGACGGUCCCGCGCCCUCCGCUGUGAAGAGCAAUGGCCGUGACUCUAGAGCAGGCCCGGCGGGUGGGCUAUGUCUGCCUGAAAGCACUCCUCAGGUUCGCUUUUAUGGUCGCCAAUAACCUGGUCGCUAUUCCGUCCUACGUCUUGUAUUUAAUUGUGCUGCAGCCCCUCCGAGUGUUGGAUAGUAAAAGCUUCUGGUAUAUCGAAGGAGUAUUAUUUAAGUGGCUUUUAGCUAUGGUGGCUUCCUGGGGCUGGUGGGCAGGAUAUACAGUAGUGGAAUGGGGUGAUGAUGUUAAAGCAGUGUCAGAAGAUGAAGCUAUGGUGCUGGUGAACCAUCAAGCAACGGGUGAUGUCUGCACUCUGAUGAUGUGCCUUCAGGAUAAAGGCACGGUUGUCCGUCAGAUGAUGUGGUUGAUGGAUCAUAUUUUUAAGUACACAAACUUUGGCAUUGUGUCUCUAAUCCAUGGAGACUUCUUUAUAAGACAGGGAAAAGCACAUCGUGACCAGCAGCUUGUGUUACUCAAGGAGCAUCUAGAAAAAUAUUACAGGAGCCGCAAUCGGAAAUGGAUUGUUUUAUUUCCAGAGGGUGGCUUUCUUCGGAAAAGAAGAGAAACAAGUCAGGCAUUUGCCAAGAAAAACAAUUUGCCAUUUCUUAAACACAUCACCCUACCAAGACUUGGGGCGACACAAGUAAUUCUGAAAACACUUGUAGCACCGCAAGAAAAUGGAACUCCAGCAGGUGGAGACUCUGUGAUAAAAGAGAGCAAAUCAAAAGGCCUCCAGUGGGUGAUAGACACAACCAUUGCGUAUCCCAAAGGUGAACCUAUAGACAUCCAAACUUGGAUUCUUGGCUACAGACAACCAACAGUUACGCAUGUACAUUACAGGAUUUUUCCAGUUAAAGAUGUACCUGCAGAGCCCGAAGCUCUUACACACUGGCUAUAUCAGCGAUUCAUUGAAAAGGAGGAUCUCCUGACACAUUUCUAUGAAACAGGAGCUUUUCCUCCACUGCAGGGUCAAACAAAAGCUGUUUCUCGGGAGAUGACCCUCAGCAACCUGUGGCUAGUCGGCAUACAAUCACUUGCGUUUUUGUCAGGCGGUAUGUGGUACUGCAUCUUUCAGUAUUUUUAUCAUUGCCUAUUUUAAAAGUGGAAUGGGACCUGAGGACACAGUGGGAAUCCAGGCUCUUGCAAAUGAAUAUCAUGUUGUAUGUGCAAAUGUGAAUAUUCAAGAGUAAAGGAAAAUACUGGACGGACUCUUACCUCUCUUUGGGGAAAUUUUAAACUCUGCUAAAAGUGAAGAUCAGUAACAUAGUGACCUGACGAUGUAUUAUUUUAAGAAUUGUCUGUAUUUUUAAAAAUGCAUAUCCUCACCCACACUUAAGCAAAUUCAGCAUUUGGACAAAAGGUGCAAUCGUACAACCACCGUAGAAGAAUGUCUGUGACAAGAAAGCUCUGUCACCACAAGUAUUUCUUGGCAUUGUAGUUAGAACUCCAAAAAUCCAGCAACUUGUCUCUUCAGUAGUCUGUGCAGCAUUGGUGUGGUAGAGUUUCCUCAUUUGCACAAACGUGUACUUCAUUGCAAUUCAUUGUGCUGGAGUCAAAGAUACUCGACGGAGCUGGUGGCGGUAUCUUCGCGGCCACGCAGUCAGCAGUUGUUGUGCUAGACACAUUGAUCUAAACCCAAGACCCAAACACGAUCCAGCGUCAGGUGUGUUUUGUGAGGAAUCGGUCCUCAAAAAAGCAUCGCAGCAUCUUGGUGUCAUUAAAAGCUGUCCACGUGUGAUGAAUCAGCCCAUCCCUGCUGUGGUCGUACCAUCAGCUCUCCAAAUUCUGUGUGCCACCAGUAUCUCGUAUUAUGAGGAAACUUGGAAAAUAUAAAGUCACUAGUUUUAUUUUCCAGUUUUUGUUCAGAAGGCAUCUCAGUGAUCAUUAUCAGUUUUCAAAAUGCACUUUCAAAGGUGAAAAUACAGUGAAGGAAAGACAUGAAAGUUAGGGAAUAGGAGAAAGCUUUAUUUGUCACACAUUGGAAGCAAUUGUAGCUGUUUCUGAAGGUCUGCUGGUGCUGCUGGUGAUUUUUAGCCACCUUUGUAUUUUGUAUACUGCAGUCCAACCAAGGUGACCUUUGAGUGGUUCAUAGAGGCCUUUUCUCUCCCCACUAGUUGCAACAGCACUAAAUAUAUUUGUGGGAGAGUUUAAAUAAUUCAAUGCCAACCAUCUUAAUGUUUUGUUAAGGAGUAUUAGAAGAAAAACUAGUUUCUUAAAAA